AUGCACGAGUCGUACUGCGAGCUCCUCCUGCCCUUCGCGAGUUCGCCGGAGCUGCUCGAGCAGUACACCAAUGCGAGCGGCGGCAUCCGGACGGGCAUGCUGCUCGAGCACUUGGACUCGCUCGCGGGAGGCAUCGCGUACAAGCACAUGUUAGGGCCCGCCGUGGAGGUGCUCAGCAAGGACCAGGGAUUCUAUAUGGUCACUGCGAGCGUUGACCGAUUGGACAUGCUUGCUCCGCUGUACCCUGUGCGGGACAUGCGCCUAAGCGGCCAAGUCAUCCACACGGGACGCAGCUCAAUGGAGGUUGCUGUCCGUAUGGAGGCGCUCGAGAAAGACGGGCGGGAACAGACCAUCAUGAUCGGUCGGUUCUUUAUGGUCUGCAGGGAUGCGAGGACACAUAAGGCUGCCCAGGUGAACCCGCUCAACCUGAGCACCCCUGAGGAUAAGCAGUUGUUUGCCCUCGGAGAAACGCACAAGGACCGUCAGCGCGUGCGCACCUCCGCCUCGCUUGACCGCGUACCGCCCAGCUCCUCCGAGGCAGAGGAGCUGCACACGCUCUUCCUGCAGCAUGGCAAUUACGGCACGGGCUCGGGCAAAGACGAGGACGCGCCAUUUGUGGGUCCAGAUGGGCUUCAGCGGGUCUGGAUCGGCGACACGCGUCUGGAGAAGUGUAUGAUGAUGUUCCCGCAGGAAAGAAAUGUACACCAGAAGAUCUUUGGUGGAUACUUGAUGCGCCUUGCAUAUGAGCUUGGAUUCGCGAACGCGGAGCUUUUCACGGGAUGCCACGUUCUCUUUGUCUCCUUAGACGGCAUCUCCUUCGCGAAGCCUGUCCCCAUUGGCUCCAUCCUCCGCCUGACGAGCCACAUUCUGCAUACGACGCAGUCCGAGAAGUUCCCCGGCCUCAUCCAUGUUGGUGUCCAAGCGGACGUCGUGGACGUCGCGACUGGCAAGGAGCAGACGACGAACAACUUCAGGUUCACGUGGUGCACGGACCACAACAUCCCGUUGACGAGGAAGGUCGUCCCGAAGACGUAUAAAGAGGCGAUGCAGUGGCUCGAAGGUCGACGGGCCCUGGAGAUGGGCGCGGAGAUUCGUACGCUGAGGUAUGCCGCGGGGGCGCCUGGGAUAGCCGGCACCGACCCUGUGUAUAAGCCUGACGACGGGGAUGGCAAGAAUCGGGUAGGUGGUGGUUGGCGGGACAUUGAGGGGCAGCAGUGA